AUGAUAGAGAUCUCCUCCGCUUCCGAUUUGGUUGUGGGAUGCACGUCAGAACCCGACGCCCUUCAAGUGUAUGGCGACACCAUUGACAUACUCCAGGAAGCCGGUAUGGAUAUACGGAAAUGGACUUCAAAUUCAUCCGCACUUCGCGAGCGGUUUCUGUCGGACGAGGUUUCCUACGACAACGCAUCCGAUGGCAACGCAACGAUCAAGGUGCUGGGCUUGUUGUGGGACCGGGACACAGAUAGUCUCACCUUUUCGGUCAAACGAGCACUCACGUUGUCUGCGUCCCAUCCUCCUACGAAACGUACAGUGCUCAAGACAUUCUCCCUCAUCUAUGACCCGCUCGGCUAUCUCGCACCCUUCAUCGUAACCGUCAAGCUCCUGUUUCAAAAUUUAUGGCGCAAGUCGUUGCCAUGGGACGCUGAGUUUGCAACGGAAGAUCUUGUGGUCUGGGAGAAAUGGAAGGCUGAACUGUCAGGCAUCGAUGCGUUGCACCUGUCGCGUAGCGUCUUUCCGCAGAGCAAGGCCCUGCUUGAUGUGCAUUGCUUCGCCGACGCUAGUCCCAAGGCCUACGGCACAACAGUAUACGUUCGCAGCCGCCCCAAUAACGGCACGACUUCUACGCGGUUGCUUUUAGCGAGAGCCCGCCUAGCUCCAUUGAAAGAACUCUCGUUGCCGCGUCUCGAACUGCUGGCAUGCCUGCUGUCCACGCGUCUUUAUCGCCAUAUCUCGACGGUGGAAGCCUUAAAGGUUGCCCCCAUUCACUUCUGGACGGAUUCAAGCAUCGCGCUCCAAUGGAUUCAGUGCGACACGAACACUCGCCCCUCCUUUGUCAAGUCGAUGGUGGCAAAAAUCUUAUCGUCUUCACGACCGGAACAAUGGCGGCACUGCAACGGAGGCGACAACCCCGCAGACCUAGUGACCCGCGGCAUCUCCGCCAGGUGCCUACGGAACAGCCCGCUGUGGUGGAGUGGUCCUCCCUGGCUGUCCGCAGGCGAUAUCGGCCCUCCUACAAUUCCAGACCCAAAUGUCAACGACACCUGCACGACGGUGAGCGCUGCACCGGAAGCUCCCGAUACCGAAGUGGUCGUUCAUCCAGUGUCGGCCACGCAGAACUGGAUGGACCUCUCAGCUUACAGCACCCUCUCUCGACUUCUCCGAGUUACGGCUUGGUGCGCUAGGUUCGUCCGCAACAGUAGGCCCCGCCAACCGUGUACAACGGGUCCACUUACGUCCGAAGAGCUUCGACACGCCGAAACCAUAUGGGUCUCACAUGUCCAAACCGAAGCCUUUCGGGACGACAUCUUGGCGCUCAGACACGGCAGCGUUGCUGCGACAUCUUCGUCGGUACGUGUUUUCCAGCCAUUUCUCGACGCCUCCGGAAUACUGCGCGUCGGCGGUCGUCUUCACCAACUUCAAGAUUCGUACCAGAUCAAGCAUCCCAUCCUCCUACCGCCUAAGCAUCGAUUCACGGAGCUCAUCAUACUCGACGCCCACCAGCGCUUGCUACACGCCGGCGUGCAAGACACCAUCGCCGAGGUCCGAAGCACAUUUUGGGUUGUCCGCGGACGGCAAACCACAAGGCGUGUCCUUCGCUCAUGCUUGACCUGCCGCAGACUAAGGGCGCACCUUGAGCUAAAGGUCCCUGGUUCGAUCCCGGGUUUCGGCACCAAAUUGUAUUACGUAAUGAGUCAGACCGACCGAAGCUCCAGGUGA